AUGGAGAACAUCGUGCUGCAAGACGAGCGCAAGGAACAGAUCAAGAUAGUGGAAGCACUCACCAGUUCGAUGACAGAUGUCUUUCAUGAUUUCGUAGAUUUCGGACUCAGCAAUAUUUACGCCAGCGACGAUCCUCUGCGAACGCACUGUGGAUCUCCGGAGUAUGCUGCGCCGGAGCUUUUCGUCGUAGGUAAACGAUAUGGACCGGAAGUAGACUUAUGGAGUCUAGGAGUCGUAUUAUACGGGAUGACCAUCGGUCGACUUCCAUUUCUGUGUCCUCGCGACGAGUGGACGUCGUUGGAGGAACGUCGACGGAAGCUGAUGAUCCAGAUCAACAGGGGCUUGACGUCGAUUCAAGAGAAAGCCAUGUGCCAAACGUCCAAAGAGUGCAGGAACUUGAUAAACCGCCUGCUCGUUCCAUCAGCUCGCGAGAGGAUCACCAUUCGAGAGAUCCUUGACCAUCCGUGGAUCCUUGCGUCGUCGAAGAGCAAUCUUCACCUUUGCUCCGAAGACGACUUGAACGUCUCCGAUCAUCUCAUGAUAGUAAACGAGAUUGCGACGGCGAUGCGAACUACCGUAGCUGCUGUCGAGGCUGAAAUAAUAAAACGAAAGUACGGGGAAAUCGGUGGCAUGUAUAAUAUCAAGGUACAUAAAUUGUAUCAAACAGCCAGCGCUGCUGCUUAUCAGUUAGCAUCACAAUUUCUUCGAAAUUCUACGCGUCGAACUAAAAAUGCAUCGUCGUUGGCCAUGACAAUCAAAGCCGCCAAAGAUAAUCUUCGGAAUCGCACAUCCACGAAUUCUGAUAAUAACGGCCACAUAAUCAUCAUGAAACGCGGACAGAUGCAAGAUCAAUUGAUAAAAAAAUCUUUACCACGCAAUUCCACGACAUGGCAACACCACUCUGAACACGGAAAUCACUGUUCCGAACGAAAAACUUCAGGAAUUUAUCAUGAUACAUUUAUCAUGAAUAAUACUGCAUCCUUAUCGCGUCAGCAACAUCAUGCGUCACAAAUCACGAAAAAUCAAGGCGAAAGGAUCUCGGAUUGGCGAUUGUGCAAGUAAGGAAAACUUAAUUUUUGCAAUAAACAAACUAAUUAUUUUAUGUAUUAUGAAUAGAGACAAGACACAUCAGGCGAGGAACUCUACUUGUUACACUAAUCCCAAAAAAACGGGAAAAAAUGGAGAUUUCUUUGAGAGCCGUGUAGCGAACUGCGAGGUAGCUCCUAGUUCUUCGAUUUUGCGAACCUACUCGCGUGUUAGUAGCGAAAGCGUGCCUGCUCCGCGAGUUAAAGUAAGAAUACAAAGUUUUUAACGGAGAUAAUACGCUCGGAAAAAUUACGUUAAUGAAACAAAUGCACUGUGAUUGCGCAACUUAUAAAUAUUAAAAUUAAUUUAUGCAAUGUUGCUUAUUGCAUAUAUCAUAUUUUUUCAAAAGGAGAGUUUUCAUAAAAAGAUUCUCAUUCCACCAUGGCGAUAUCGAGUUGGAAGUGCAAGGACUAGAAGGGAUACAUGAAACUAAAGACAUAAUUUCGGAACGACUGGACGUAAUGGCAAUGCAUUACACUCUGAUGACUGUAAUGCAACGAAGAUAAGCUUGUUGGGAUUGAAAAUUUAUUUCGUUCAAUCUCUUACUUUAAUAUCGCAAGUUUUAUCAUCUACUAUCAACUGAAAGAGAAAUCUCGGCGAUAUAACCUAAAUUAAAAUUAAAUUGCAUUAAGGGGGGAACCUGCUUUAGAACGUUG